GAAAACUAGACAGGAAAACGAUACUUAAACAAUAUGUCAAAACUUAAAAAAAACAACAGAUGAAUUAGUCCGGUUUGUAAGGCCAGCAGCUUCAUGUUUUGCAGAAAAAUGAGUCCCUUGCGAAUUAUGUUGUUGCUCGCCACAAUGGUCGCCAUUAUUGAAGCCGUUUCAUCGCAACCGUUAGUAACAGACAAUGUGAAAACAGCGAAUCGAUUCGGAAACGACCUAACUUUUUAUCUAAUGGAACAAGUGUAUGCCAUGAAACCUAAAUUAGCAGCGUUGGAAGCUAAAACCAAAGAGAUGGAACUUGAUCUAGCUGUUGAAAAGAAACAGACAGAGACUCUGCAAAGUCGUAAAGAUUUUAGAUGUGAAUCAGGGGUCGUUGGAAUACACACCGACCCUCGCCCUAGCUGGCCACACACACAAAGCGUUACUUUCCAAACUCCAUUUGAGGCGAAGCCGACCGUGACGUAUGGCCUGUAUCUUCUGGAUACUGGACACACCAGAAACACCAGGGUAACAACGGAAGUCACUGAUAUUACCAAAACUGGACUCCAGGUUAAACUGAAUACUUGGGAUAAUACAGAGUUAUUUGGAGCCAGAAUCAGUUGGAUGGCAUGUGGACAGUAAUAUAGGCACGUGCCCACAACAUCAUUUUUUGAGGAUAUGUUUUGCUGUAUUUUUAAUACUGGAAAAUCUUGUAAUUCAAAACAUUCGUUCGUUUUUAUUAUGGUGCACACAUGUUGAAGAUAUACCAUUGAUAUUGUAAUAAAUGAAUGUACGUACACAA